UGGGUCUGUUUCCAGGGGCUACAGACCUCACCCACCGGGGCCGUCCAUCAACGGUGUGGCUCCAGCAGAGGAGGGGGCUGUGCCCUGGCUGACAUCAGGCAAAGCAGAGGGCACUCUGAGGUCCGGACCGGCUCCUGAGGGCCUGAGCCCACCCGCGACUCCACGCUCGCCCCUUGAUCCCAGCAGGAAGCGCCGGACACGGGAUCCCGGCCUGAGGGCAGCCGAGGCGCCGCCACACACCCCGCGAGGCCUCACCUGCCGCUCGCCGUAUAUAGAAUUUAAAUCUUCUCUCGCAAGUGUAUGGUAGAGCUAAAGAAGAAGACAAGCAAGGGUCAUCUGAAAUUGUAAUUGGCUCAUUAAUAAUCACAGGACAAAGUUGGAAAUAACUACUCGAGCAUCAGAAGCUACCAAGAUGUUUGACAUAAAGGCUUGGGCUGAGUAUGUUGUGGAAUGGGCUGCAAAGGACCCAUAUGGCUUCCUUACAACGGUUAUUUUGGCCCUUACUCCAUUGUUUCUAGCAAGUGCCGUACUGUCCUGGAAAUUGGCCAAGAUGAUUGAAGCCAGGGAAAAAGAACAAAAGAAGAAACAAAAACGUCAAGAAAAUAUUGCAAAAGCUAAACGACUAAAAAAGGACUGAAGGAAUGAACAGGCUCUGUAACCAGAGGAAAAUCAUUUGGAAAAUUAUGCAGCUUUGGAAGGACCCACUAAGGUUUCUUUUCUGAUUUUUAUGACCGUAACUUGUAGUCAACGAAGUCAGCACAUGGAAGGGUCAUGUUAGUUGUGACCUCUACUGCUGCAGCUUUUUUAGGCUUUGCUGUAGAAGUCUGUUGACAGUUACUGUAAACUGGCAUUUAUUAUGCUAUAAAUUCUUUAUAACUGACUGAGUCAUUUGCCCUUUUCCAGCUUCUGUACUGAAAUGAAAACAUCCUGUGGAGAGAAAUGACUACACAUUAUGAAUUCUGUUCAGAUAAUGGCUUAGAACGGGGUCCUGUUCUGGACAAAAGGAAUUCAGAAUGUAAAAAAACUGUACGGAGGUGAAAAGUGUGCUUUGGCUUAAAAGCAUAUAGUAUAUUAAUUAUAUCUUUUUAUCAUUA